AUGCGGCUCCUGACGCACAAUUUGCUCGCUUGUCAUGCCAAGGGGUGCGGCUCGUCGUCGAACAAUUUCCCAUUGCAGCUGCGCAAUGUGCAGCUCGAGCUGAUCGAGGCCGAAUACAACGACGUCUUUCUCCGGGGAUUUUUGCCGAAACUCGACUGGAACGCGCUCGUGACCACCGCGCAGCAGACUUCGCUUCCGGAACAGGAGCCCGACUUUACGAAAGAGGGGCCCAGCGACGAAAUGCUGCAGGCGCUGCACCACAUCCUCCUCGAGCUGCACAUUGCCGAGGGCGAAAUGGUGUGCCCAAAGUGCGCGCACGUCUACCCUAUUCGCAGCGGUAUCCCGAACAUGCUCCUUGCCGAGCACGAGAUUCCCAAGUGA